UGAGUUAAUUUUAUGGAGUCGGAGAAUGAUUAGUUGAAAUAAAAAUAAAAAUAUUGAGUAUUUUUUUUAUUAAUGGAUGGAAAAAGAUUCUAUAUUUAAAUACGAUUAAUUUAUGACAAUAAUUAUAAAAUGGCACUCCCGGGAAAAAUAAAGAAAUUAGAUCAAGUGGUUGUCAAUCGAAUUGCUGCUGGUGAAAUAAUUCAAAAGCCGGCUAAUGCGUUGAAGGAAUUAAUUGAAAACAGUCUUGACGCAAAAGCAAGUGACAUUCAAAUAACUGUCAAAGAUGGUGGAUUAAAAUUAUUACAGAUCCAGGACAACGGCACUGGAAUCCUAAAAGAAGAUCUCGAAAUAGUUUGCGAGCGUUUCACAACCAGCAAGCUAUCCUCCUUCGCUGAUCUACACUCCUUAUCAACGUACGGUUUCCGAGGAGAAGCUCUAGCAAGUAUCAGCCACGUGGCUCAGCUGACAAUAACAACAAAGACAGCGCAGGACAAGGUAGCUCACCGGGUGAGCUACGUCGACGGUAAACUUAAAGCGCCCCCUAAAGCGUUGGCAGGGAACCAAGGGACUACAAUUACCAUCGAGAACCUUUUUUAUAAUGUACCGCAGCGGAGGAAAGCUCUGGAUAAUAUCAGCGAACAAUUUACUGGAAUAACUGAAGUAGUGACCCGCUAUGCGGUUCACAACUCUUCGGUGGCCUUUACUUUAAAGAAACAAGGCGAGAACAGCCCCUACGUCCGGACUCCUAGCAAGUCCGACAGAGUGGAUACCAUCAAGCUGCUCUUCGGGCAAGCUGUCGCUCGGGAGCUCAUAGAAGUCACUCUAGAAGAUUCGGUAUAUAAAUUCAAGCUCCAGGCGCUGAUCACAAACCCGAAUUACUCUAAUAAGAAGCUCGUGUUCUUGUUGUUCAUCAACCACCGGCUUGUCGAGUCGACGCUGAUAAAAAAAAUGCUCGACGACUUGUACUCCAUCUACCUGCCGAAGAAAACUCACCCUUGGUGUUAUAUCUCUCUGGAGAUUGACCCCAACAAUGUGGACGUCAAUGUUCAUCCCACCAAGUCUCAAGUCAAGUUUUUACAUGAAGAAGCUAUUGUUGAGAGAGUCAAGGAGGCGCUUGAUGGUAAAUUGUCUUCUAAUAACGCCUCCAGGACUUUUUAUGCUCAGGCUAGGCUGCCACAGGUUGACCUCUCGAGAGAAGCUUUGGGCCAGGUCUUGCCUGAUCUUACUACAGGAAGCAAUGAGAACAAGGACAAGGGCAAGGUUCAAGCCAGUAAAAUGGUACGCACUGAUCAUCAAGCACAGAAGCUUGAGAAGUUUAAUUUUACUGUCAGUUUGGAAAAGUCUUUGGAUCAACAGCUGGAUGGUGAAGUAGAGACAGAUCCUGUUGAAGAAGUUAAGCCCAAGGAGCCAGAUAUAGUAUCUAAACCCGCUGAGCGGGCUCUCAAGACAGUCCAAAAGUUGUUCGGCUUUCAAGAACCUACUAGAGAAGCUAAAGAAGCUAAAGCACCUCUCCCUGAAAAUCGAAUUAUCGAGCUGAAAUUAACCCCAGCGCCUCCUGAAAUUCCUGAAACUCCUGAAAUUCCUCCGGAACAAACUCCUGAGUUUUCUGUAACAGUUCCGGAACAAACUUCUGAAUGCGUCCGUCUGGAGUCAGUCGAAGAAGAAAAAGAGUCAGCAGCGACAUUCAAAUCCUACUCUGUAAACUCUUACCGGCGUCCUGUAGAGCUAACAAGUAUCUUGAGAUUGAGGAAGCGAGUGGAGGACAGCUAUCACGGCGGAUUGAGAAAAAUAUUAUCUGGAAUGAUUUUCAUCGGGUGCAUUGAUGAAAAAUUAGUUUUGUUCCAGAGCGACGUCGAUCUUUAUAUCUGCAAAGUUAAAAAUUUAGCCGAAGAAUUAUUUUAUGAAAUAAUGCUGUACGACUUUGCUAAUUACGGAGUGCUUAAAUUCUCUUCAGCUUUGUCGCUGGUAGAACUUGCGAAGCUUGGGCUGAAGAAAAAAUCUUCUAAAAGUUCUAUGGAACAGUUCGCGGAACAAGUUAAAGAUUUGCUGGUCAGCAAAUCUGAAAUGUUGAAGGAAUAUUUUGCAAUUGUAAUCACUAAAAAUGGAUACAUAAAAUCUUUGCCGGUUUUGUUAGAAGAUUAUUAUCCAGAUGUUGCUGGAGAACUGCCUAAUUUUGUGGUAAGACUCGCUACGGAGGUUGACUGGAAUGAAGAGCAGAAGUGCUUUGAAGAUAUCUCCAGAGAAACUGCGAGGUUUUACAGUAAUGUUGAUUUUAACAAAGAUUGGCGGCAUUCAAUAGAGUACACUCUUUUUCCGGCGGUUAAAGAAAGUCUGCUUCCGCCUAAAGAGUUUGCUCAUGACUCCAGUAUUCUUAAGAUUGCUAGCUUACCUGAUUUGUACAAAGUAUUUGAGCGUUGUUGA